AUGAUGGGUGGAAAUCCAAAUCCAACAUGGGGUCAAGUUACUGGAGGUUAUCCUGGAGUAGGAGGUACUUUUGGAAUUGGAGGUUUUGAAGGAAUUGGAGGUAGUGGCGGUUAUGGUGGUGGAUAUGGAACUUCAUAUGGUUAUUCAUAUCAAAGCUACCAAACUUACUAAUAGAAGCGUAUACAUUCGAACUAUUUUUUUUUUUUUUUUUUUUCUAAACAUAAAAUAUAUUAAGCAACCAAUGAAUCAUUGAUUUGUUAUGAUCACAACAAAGGCAUUCAUUAGUGAAAUAAAUAUUUGUUUAGAUAAAACUUGUGAUUUUAAAGAAAAAGACUUCGUUUAUAAAAAUAGAAUUUCAAUAAGAAUACAUGGUUUAAAACUUUAUCCUUCCAACAGAUCAAAACUUAUUAAAUUAUUUAUAACGAUGUAAAGUAAUGCAUGACAUAAAAAUUUACAAUGAAAUAUCUCCAUGAGCAGCGCAAGUUUAAGUUUUUAGAGAUAACAAUUAAGUUUUAUACAAGUGUAUCUUGUCUUCCCUCCACUCCUCUUCCCAUUCCCCGCAAUAAUGAACAUUACGGCAGCAAAACGUUUUGGAUGUGCAUGUAUGGUAUAAUCUAUUCUCACUCAUACCCACACUUUCCAUCUUGCUGAAAUAAUAUGGAGCUCAUCUAGCAUAAUCUUCUUACUUCUGAACUUAAAAAAGGCGUAAAGCAUAAUAAAAUAUAUUUCUUCAUUGAUAAUGCUGCUGCGACAAAAAUUAUUCGCACGCUUGAUUUUCUAAUGUUACACGAGGAAUGUUGCUUUUCCCGAUUGUAUAAUAGUUAUAUGAGUCCAUGAUGCCUGUUAAAAAUUUCGCUACCUUGAAAAUAUUCUAGAGGAUCAAAAAUAGUUGAAUAUAAAUUUUAUCUGAUGUUUUUAAAGAUAUUUUCAAAAAUAAUUUUUCCAAAGUAGAACAGUAUAUGUGAUUAUUCUACAUUAUAGAAUAUUGUAGUUCAAAUCCAAUUUGAAUGUAUGAUUGAAAAUCUCCCACAACAAAAAGGACAAAAAAUAAAGAGAUUUUUGUUCUCAACAUCUUUAAAGUUACAUGAUAUUUGUUAUCAAGUGUCUUUCUUCAUAUACAUACAAUCAUUUCUUAUCAUAAUUAUAUGUUAUAUGAAAUAUAAAUUAGAAUGUGUCUUUCAUCUACAGGGUGUCCGAAAAAUCAUUGAUUAAAAGUUUUUUUAUAUAUCUUUGCUGUUUGAUUUAAUAUUUUCAACAAAUUCUUUUUUUAAAUUAUAGGCGAAUAUACCGAAUUUUUACUUCUACGAGCGACUUUCAAUACUAUCCUGCAAAACUAUUACCUUUUAUCGAAAUACAAAUAUUUUCCUACUUUUGUGAAAUGAGACUGGUUCAAUAUUUGAUGAUGCUUUUUUCUUUCAUAUUUUCAUGUGGUUAGAUAGGGUUUGUGGAGUUCUACAAAAUUAUGUAUAUUGAAAAUUUGUUGCACCUUUUCUUUGAACCAAAACUUACAGAGAACUACUACAGAAAGACUAAAUAAUUACAAAAACAAAGACACUGCAUAAUGUUCUACUCGCUCUCACAAAAAUAGCAAAAUUUUUGUAUUUCGAUCAAACGUAAUAGUUUUGCAGAAUAGUAUCGAAAGUCGCUCGUAUAAAUAAAAACUCGGUAUAUUUGUCUAUAAUUUUAAAAAAAUUUGUUGAUAAUAUUAAAUGAAACAUGAAAGAUAUAUGAAAAAACUUUUGGUCAAUGAUUUUCUGGACACCCUGUAGUUGAUAUCAUGAACACUUCUAUCGUGUUUCAUAUUUCAAUAGAAGAUUUAUAAGUUAAAUGUCGACAGAUAUUCCAAAUUGUUUAUAAUACAUGUUUGAAAAUUAUUUUCCGUUAUGCCCUUACUUUGACCAAAUAGAAUGAGUAAUUUUUUUGAUUCAUUAAUCAAGAUUUCUAUCGUUUUUCUUCGUCUCAAAUAAAAACAUGUAUAUAUUCAAUUUUAAUUUAUAGACUGUUAAAAGAUAUUGUGAUUAUUGUAACAUUAGUUUUUCAAAAUCUAUAAAGAUUAUUCAUGUUAAAUUAGUCUAGAUAUUUCGAAUAUUUUGAAAAGAAUAUUUUUAUCUAAAUAAUUGAAAUCUGAUCUAUCGUCAUUUUUAUGUGAAACGUUCUUUCUCUAUUAGUAUGAGAUAAUGUUUUGUUUUUCACUAUCCAUACUUUUUAAUUAAUAUUUAUUCUAUUGGAAUAUAUUUAAAUGCAUAAAAAUGAGAAAUUUUAUUUAUUUUUGUAUUUUAAAUCUAUAUAUGGAAUGAAUAAUAUUCAGAAAAUAUUUUUUUUCUAUCACUGAGUAUUGUUGAUUAAGUAGUUUUUUUUCGUUUGUGAUUAUCUUUUUAAACCAAUAAUUAUUUCACAGUAUUAAAUACUUGAUUUUAAUUUAUUCAAUGAAUUAAUAAAAAUCUUUUAUGUUGUUAAAUAAGAUUGGUGAGCAGAGGAGAGAAAAAUAUUGCCAGCUUGACAAGGGAAAACAUUAGUAUCAACAUAUUAUGAUUAUUCAUAUAUUCUUUACAUGAACAACAUAAUUACUCAUUGAAACAAAGAAACAAAGCCAAGUUGAAUAUUAUUUCAGAGGGAAAAAAACCCAUAGAAAAAAUGGUUAAUUUCCAACAAUACUUUCAAAAUAAACGUCAUUGCAUGUAACUAUGUAAACGUGCACAUCAAAUCAACAACAACCAAGGGAAACAAACUUGGAGGUGUACCUUGUGUUUAUAUGUCUGCAUCGACUCAAUACGUAUUUUUUUUUGUUACGGUUGAGCAAGUUUUUUUAAUCCCACGUUUUCUCUGUAAUUAUAAGAACAAAAAAAUCGUAUAUAAAUGUGUGUAAUAAAUUCAGUUUUUAUUCAUUAAAAAAAAGAUACAAAUACUU